GUCAAGUGAUGCUAUACACAGCAUAAAAUAACAUUGAAGUGCUGUAGUCAGCUGAGUCAGCUUCCCAUAUCAUAAGGUUAUCAUGGAAUAAUUUAAGAUAGCAAACUAUCAUAUAUUCUGACCCUCUGCCUGUUUACUGGAAGGAAGUACCACUAAUUCAGUGAGGUUUCCUUCCAGGUUGGCAAGCAAAGAAUUAGAGCGUUAGUAUUAUUUUAACACCAUGAAGUAACCUCUGAAAUGUCAGUCUUGUUCUGUUUUGACCCGGCAAAUCUAUAGUCUGAUGAGAAUCCUCACUUGUUAGACUUGGGUUUCUCCAAAUAGGAUGCCUGGUCCCUUGAGGAGGAACUGGUGCAUGCAGGAUUUUGGGAGAAUGAAAAGGAUUAGGUGCUGGAUAUUGGACCUCCCUAGCCUCCCUUCAACACUGCAUACCUGUCUAGAAAUAUGUGGAUGGGAAAGCCAUUUGUACUGUAGCGAUGGGAGGCAGGGUACUUAAGUUUUCAAUCAUAAGUGGCCAGUGUUUUGAGAAAGGCUUCUUAAAGGGGUGAGGGAGAGACCUACAUUUCAGAAGGGCCUGGUGAUGGAAACAAAACAAACAGGUUGGAACUUGCAGAUUAGACAACUAGUGUGAAUUAAACUGCCCAGUAGUCCUCUGUUUUUUCCUGGCAGAUAUAAAAAGCUUGAAAUGCAAACGCUGAUAGCAAACAUUAACAGAAGCUAUGCCCCGGGUCCGAUGUUGUUGUCCUGUGCUUUUCCAUUGCUAACCCUAACUCCCUGAAUCAUGUGAAAACGAUGUGGUGUCAAGAAAUCAAGCACUUCUGUCCUCGAACGCCUGUUAUUCUGGUUGGCUGCCAACUGGAUCUUCGAUAUGCUGAUCUGGAAGCUGUAAACCGAGCCAGAAGGCCAUUAGCAAGACCUAUCAAAAGGGGAGACAUCUUGCCACCAGAACGAGGCAGAGAGGUUGCCAAGGAGCUUGGGAUACCUUAUUAUGAAACUAGCGUGUUUGACCAGUUUGGCAUCAAGGAUGUGUUUGAUAAUGCAAUUAGAGCAGCCCUGAUCUCCAGAAGACAUCUACAGUUCUGGAAAUCACAUUUGAAGAAGGUCCAGAAACCUUUACUUCAAGCUCCAUUUCUACCUCCAAAGGCUCCUCCUCCAGUUAUCAAAAUCCCAGAGUGUCCCAUCACCAGUAUCAAUGAAGCUGGAUACUUACUGGAUAAUCCAUUGUGUGCAGAUGUCAUGUUUAUCCUUCAGGAACAUACUCAAAUUUUUGCUCACAAGAUCUACCUAGCUACCUCUUCUUCAAAGUUUUAUGACCUUUUUUUAAUGGAAUGUGAAGAAACCCCAGACUUAUCUGAAUCUUACUGUAAUAAAGAAAAGGCCAGUGGAAACCUUAUGACCAGAACAUGCAGCCUUGAAACAGAUGAUAACAGUGAAGUGGCAUCCUUAAAUCCUUCUAACGCUAAAUUCACAUUAUCAACAGAUGGUGGGAACCCUUCAACAAGGUUAGAACUUGAAGGAGGGGAAAUCAGUUGCCUGAAACAAGCUCCAACAUUCUGGGGCAAAGGUUUUGUUAGCAUGCAUAAAGAAAUGCAAGUCAACCCUGUUUCAAAGCGGACGUGUGCUGUAACAGUAGUCAAGAUAGAUGCUUCCAUUCAGCCUGGGCCUUUUAAAACUGUUUUGCAGUUUCUGUACACAGGGCAGCUGGAUGAAAAUGAAAAAGAUCUCACCAGGGUAGCUCAGAUUGCUGAGAUACUAGAAGUAUUUGACUUGCGGAUGAUGGUGGAAAACAUCACAAAUAAGGAAGCCUUCAUGAACCAGGAAAUUACAAAGGCUUUCCAUGUCAGAAAAGCUAAUCGGAUAAAAGAAUGCCUCUGUAAAGAGACGUUUUCUGAUGUGACAUUUAAGCUGGAAGAUGGAAACAUAAAUGCACAUAAACCACUACUGAUCUGUAGCUGUGAAUGGAUGUCUGCAAUGUUUGGAGGAUCAUUUGUUGAAAGCUCGAACAGUGAGGUGGUUCUUCCCGACAUAAACAAGACUUCCAUGCAAGCCGUUCUGGAUUAUCUGUACACCAAGCAACUAUCUUCCAGUCAGGAGUUGGACACACUUGAAUUAAUUGCACUGGCAAACAGAUUUUGCCUCCCACACUUGGUUGCGCUUGCAGAACAGCAUACUGUACAGGAGCUUACAAAAACCGCUGUGAAUGGCAUUAGCAUAGAUGGAGACGUACUGUGCUAUUUGGAAAUAGCCCAGUUCCACAAUGCUAACCAGCUGGCAGCUUGGUGCUUGCACUAUAUCUGCACCAACUACAACAGUGUUUGUUCCAAGUUCCGAAAGGAAAUCAAAACUAAAUCUCCUGAUAAUCAGGAAUAUUUCGAGCAACACCGCUGGCCUCCUGUAUGGUACCUUAAGGAAGAAGAUCAUUUCCAGCGGGUUAAAAAGGAAAGAGAAAAGGAAGACGUUGCACUGAAUAAACACCAUUCAAAACGGAAGUGGUGCUUCUGGAAUUCCUCCACAGUAGUUGCCUGAGGAAAGACAAGAGCGCGCCUUGAAUUGGAAAGCAUUGCUUUUAAAAAUAGUAAUAAAGUCUUAUCAUUAGAAAGAGCACCAUGCUUCACUGAGAACUGUUCUUGUGCCAAGUGUCAUUGAAAUCAAUGUGAGUUGCACGAACUCUGCUCUUCAUGUAGCUCCCAUUCAUUUCAAUGGAGCUUCCACAGGGGAUGUUCUUAGCGGAGUGUGCGGAAGAUGGUUUGAGGCACUUGUUCUUAUUCCACCUGCGUGCAUUUAUCAUCCAUAGGAUCAACAAGCACAAACUCACCAGAAGUGAGUGUGAAAGCUCCUUAAACAAUGUUUGUCUGUUUUGUUUAAUAAGCUAAAAAUACUGUAUAAACCAGUAUCAGUUUUCCUUUUUUAUAUAUAUACAGAACAACAACAAAUCCAGCAUUAAUGUUUCAAUCUCCUACGUGGAACGUAUUUUUAUACCGAGGUGUGAGUGUGUGCGUGUGUAUGUAAAAGGUCUUUAAACAAUGUUUCUGGGUUGUUUUCUUUCGCAGACCGCAAAGUAAUUGUGUAAGUAAGUCUUUAACUUAGAUGAUCUGUGUUGCUCCCCCCACCCCCACAAGUACAAUGAAAUACAAACAACAUCUCUAAUGAGCCUCCCUGGUAGAAAUUUCCAGCCUAGCAACAAACCAACUUUUGCUAGGCAACUGACUCCCCCACCCUGCAACACACUUCCAAGUACUAUGUAUUCAUAACAAUUAUUUCCUUUUUUCUUCUUCUUUCUGAAGUGAUAGGAUGUAACAAGAUCCAGAAACAAUAAAGCCAUGCAGAAUUUUAAAAUGAUUGAUCAGCAGAAGACUAUGAAGGGUAAUUUACCUCUUCAGCUAAGUGCUGGAAUGUGUAUUUCCACUAUUUGCCAUAUAAGGGCAGAAGGCAACAUAAAAUAACUCCUUUGUUUGUUUUCCAUGACUGGGGAAAAAAAGAGUAUUUUCAGAAGGAUCAUUUUAAAAUAAUUAGAAUACCUUAUUAAGCUUAUGUCUAUAUUCACUGCAAAUUUUCUAAGAAUCAGAAUGUAGGCAGUAGCACUUAGUUUAAUUAUUUGGAUUAUUUCUUUACAGUUGUCUAUGCCUUUACUUUUAAGAAACUUCUGCAUAUUGAGAACUAUUUGCUUCAAUGUGUGUAUCCACAUGUUAAGGGCUGUGGAGAUAAAUUGAUCUUUUCUAUUUUCAUCAUUACACUAGCAAAGAGUAAUUUGCAUUGCAACACCAUUCUGGCCCAAAUAAUCUCUUAGCACUGAAGUAAACAUGAUGGCAGCCAUGGGUAAGCUGCUUGCCUCUUCAGGCAUCCCAUAAAUACACUUACCAUGCAAAUUGGUCCAUUUGUGCGUCAAGUUGGUAUGCCGUUGAUCCAUGAUGAGUAUGCCACUACAGUGCUAGCUGUGAGAAUAGCCCAACUCAUGUUGCCAGCUCAUUUUUAAAGGGCGUAGAACACAUGGCAUGUUUACAUAGGUGAGCACUUUACCUAGGCCUACCACUGGGUAUGUU